AUGGAAACAACAGGAAAAGAUGCCACUUCAAGUAAUAGUCUUGAUUUCAAACCGUUUGUUCAAGGUACUGAUGAACAACCUAUAGAGUUAAAAUCCACGGAUACUGCAAUUAUUGCAAAACUUCCUUUUCCACCGAAAAUCAGUACAACGGAUCUAAUAGUUCAUAAGAAAAAUGGAGAUAUGCCUUCAAGAUCGCCCAAUGCCUUUAUGAUUUAUCGCAAAGCAUAUGUAGAUGAGCUUCAUCGUCAAGUGGUUAAGCAAGUUCAAGUUCCUCCGACAACUUGGUUGCAGGUCAUCCCACAGUACCAACAUUCGGAAAAUGACUCUUCAUCCGUUUCAACAUCUGUUAGUACGCCUCUUUCGGAAUCAAGUUCGAUCAAAUUAGAAAAUCUGUCAAAUACACAAGAAAUCGUUUAUAACAACAUGGCACCUAUUAAUCUUUCGCCGAGUAUUUGUACCCCGACGUAUGAAUUUAAUGAAUUCAGUCUAGAUGGUGCUUUACCAUCCGAAUUCCAAAUAGUCGAUCAAGAUAGUUACUAUGAUUGUAACUACUUUCAAAGUAAUGCUAAUCUUUUUUAUGGUCAACUUAUGUCUGAUCUACAAUAUCAAUUUUAUGAUCAAUCUUACGAAAAUUCUCAACCUCUAAU